AUGAUUCGAAAAUGGGUUUUGAUUUUUGGGAUAUUCUAUUCCUGGACUGUGUUGGCUUCAAAUGAACCCGAUUCGGAAGCCUCAAAUGAAGAUCAAAAUGCUCCUCUGCUAACGUGCCAAAGGAAGAUAGCCAAACUCCAAUCAACGAUCAAGGAACAGGAAGCAAGAAUCGAGACGCUUGAGAAGGAACGGAAAGAAAUGAUCAAAGAGUUACCAUGUUCACUUGGAUGGAAACAUUUCAACGGAUUUUGUUAUAAGAGAUUCUCUAACCGUGACACCUAUGAUAAAGCCAUCGAAAUUUGUGAAAUUGAAAACAGUCGUCUUGCAUCAAUCCACAGUGUGGAAGAGAAUAAAAUUGUGCUUGGUGACCUUCAGUGGGGUUGGAUUGGGCUAGAGCACAAUGGAACAAAUUGGAAUUGGAGUGACGGAAGCCCCUUUGAUUAUGCAAAUUGGGAUAACGGACAACCCAACAAUCUUCCCGAUGAGAAAUGGGUUCGGUUGAGCUCAUGGCUGAAUGGAAAAUGGAGAAAUGAGGUGAAAUCGCUGGUCGGAUCGCCUGUUUGCAAGAAAGCUCGAAAA